ACCGGAGAAAAACCGGUUUUUAUACAUACCGAUAAAUACCGGUUUUUAUUUAAGAAUACCGGUUUUUUACGCUUUACAUUCACAGUUCACACCAGUGCUACCAGAUCAAAUAUACAAGCUACAAAUAUAAAAAAAACCGUGUUUCAGAAUCAAAUUACCGUGCAUUACGUUUAAAAACUACAGUGCAAUAACCACAAUAUGGUUGGUAGACUUUUAGCGUACGAAAUGAGGACUGUGACCCAAAUAUCCACAUAUCUGCACCCAACACUCAGAAAUGGCUUUCGCCAACCAGAGCACAUGUUGUCUGCAAAAGAGAUGGUGCAUCGUGAACUGGGGAAUCUUCUUGAAGAAUUUUCAACUCUCGCUUUAUCAUCGGAACAGCCUAAAAAAAUCACAAACAAUUUUAAAAAGCCUGGUAUUCUGGAUUUUUUGCAUUCGCGAAAACGGGAUAUUCCGAAUGCCACGGCGGCCGCAGUGAUUAUAGUAAACCACACCGAAAUUGCUGGCACGUUAACAUCCAGAAGGAGCAGGCUUCUGAAUGACGCAGUGAACCAACUAUGCCUCUUGCAUCAAAAU